GGUUUGGGUUUGUUCGUUUGCGGUGUGUCACGUGAUCCCUUUAAGAGGACACUCGCAGGGAGCUUAAGGGAAAUAUAACCAUAUAACCCGGUUAUCUAAUGAAACUGUCGACAGUGCGAGGUUUAAACAGGCACAAAGGAUCGUAUAAACUCAGCGGGCUGGUUAGUAUACACGGAGGUGUAAACACCGACUGGGAUUGGGCGUCUGAGACCUGAGACACCGGCGGCGGCGACGGUCUGCCGCGCACAGCUGUGACACGAAACGAGCGUCCCCUCCUGACCGGGUGCAGGAAGUCAGUCAGUUUUGUUGUAUUGUUGCCACGGAACUCGUGCAGUGGGCUUUAAACGUAGUAAACGGAAUUUACUGCCAGAAGAACAUAGUUUGUUUUUUUAAUGAAUAAAUUGCCUUUAAGGUAAACCUACACCAAGAUGCCACCUAAAAAGCGUAACUCUGGGACGGUGAAAAACACUGAAAGUGUCUCUCCAGACAAGAAGGAGGCUCCAGAGUUAUCUUUUAAAAAACACAGAGACAAGGAUGCUGAGUUUGUGACCCUGUGCAAGAGCCUCCAUGUGACAGACCUGGUGUGUGAACGAGCCUGGGCGCUGUGGAAAACUGUUCAAGAGUCUAUGGAUGAAAUCGAUGACAGUCAGAAAAGGGUCUGGGGGGCCUGUCUGUUCGUGUCGGUGACAGACGCGGACGUUGCCUGUUUCACCUUAACUCAGGUUCUGAAAGCAGUCAAUCUGAAUGUAAAGCAGUUUGUGGAUCUGGUGAGGAAGCUGGAUGUGAACCUGGAUACCAUAAGCAACAAGGUGAACUCAGCUCUGACACGAGUGGAGAAGAAGUAUGACGUGUCGCUGGCUCUCUACCAGCGGUUUGAGAAAACAUGCAAGAAAAUCUUUGCUUUGGGUUCUGAUGAUAAGGAGAGGGAGACCAUGCGAGGCUGCUGGACAAUGUUUCUUUUAGCAAAGGGAAGGGCCUUGCAGAUGGAGGAUGACCUGGUCAUAUCAUUCCAGUUGCUGCUUUGUACGUUGGAGUUAUUCAUCAAGCGUUGCCCCCCAGACCUUUUGCAACCUCUUUACAAAUCAGCCAUCAGCAAAGUUCAGAGCCCUCCGACACGAACAUCUCGCCGCAGCCAAAACAAAGCCAAAACCCGGCCUGUGGAGCCAGAGGUGGAUUUGCAGCUUCUCCAAACCUUGUGUAAAGAAAACGAAUGCAAUGCAGAAGAGGUGAAAAAUGUAUAUCAGACCAGUUUCUCGGCUUUCCUGGACUCAAUGGAUCUGUCGAGAUCUCCAGAUUUUCCUCAGGCGAAACAACUCAACCAACAAUACGAAGAGCACUACCUCAAGAGUAGAGACAUCGAUGGACGGCUGUUUUUGGACGGAGAUGAGACAGUUCUUGCUCCUAAAGUCGAGAUAUCACAGGUGGAGAGAACCCCAAAGAAGAACAUGCCAGAUGAAGACGUACUCAUUCCUCCCCAGACUCCAAUCAGAGCUGCCAUGACUUCCAUUCAGCAGUUGAGGGGGGAUCUCACCUCCAGUGGAGAUCAGCCAUCGACUAACCUGGCUACAUAUUUCAAAAAUUGCACCGUGGACCCGACGCAGGAUGUGCUGAAGCGUUUGGAGACACUCGGACAGGCGUUCAGCCAGAGGUUUGGUCAGGCAGUCGGCCCGCGCUGUGUAGUGCUUGGUUGGCAGAGAUUCAAACUUGGUGUCAGACUGUAUUACAAAAUCAUGGAGGCAAUGCUGAAAUCGGAAGAGAAGCGAUUGUCUGUACAAAAUUUCAGUAAACUCCUCAAUGACUCCACAUUCCACACAUCACUGUUGGCCUGCGCUUUGGAGGUGGUGAUGGCAACGUACGGAGAGAGCAGUUUUAGGACUGGAGGAUACAACCAUAGCGGUGCUGGUGACCCAGUUGAAACCCACUUGUGUUUCCCCUGGAUACUGGAUGUGGUCGACCUCCCCGCCUUUGACUUCUACAAAGUCAUCGAGAGUUUCAUCAAGGCCGAGCCAACUCUGAGCAAAGAUAUCGUCAAACACCUGGAGACCUGCGAGAACCUCAUCAUGGAGAGAAUUGCAUGGAGGAUGGACUCGCCGCUGUUUGAGCUGCUGAAACAGGAGCAUGGAGGCGGAGCAGCAGACCAGGUGGAGACCCCGGCCAGUUUCAGUCAACCACUGCAGCACAACCACACCGCAGCUGAUCUAUACCUGUCCCCUAUGCGUCCAAACUUUCGUGUCUUGCCUCCUGAGUCCCCAUCCACGCCCAGCUCUCACACCUCCUCUCAGCCUUUGACCCAGCCUGCCGGCCAGACUGCACGACUCCCAAAGUCCAACUCGCUCAGCCUCUUCUAUAAAAAAUUGUACCGCCUGGCCUACACUCGGCUGAAGAUACUCUGCUCCUACCUGCUCUCCUCCCACCCUGAACUGGAGCCCAUCAUAUGGACCCUGUUCCAGCACACACUGCAGCACGAGCACGAGCUGAUGAGAGACCGUCACCUGGACCAGUUGAUGAUGUCGGCCAUGUACGCUAUAUGUAAAGUGAAGAGUGUUGAUCUUCGCUUCAAGAGCAUCGUCACAGCGUACAAGAACCUGCCCAACACCAACCAAGAGACCUUUAAGCAUGUGUUGAUCUCUGAGGGCCACUUUGACUCCAUCAUCGUCUUCUACAACCAAGUGUUCAUGCAGAAGCUGAAAACCAACAUCCUGCAGUAUGCGUCCACCAGGCCACCCACCCUCUCUCCAAUCCCACAAAUACCACGAAGCCCCUACAAGUUCCCAAAUUCACCUCUACGUGUGCCUGGGAGCAACAACGUGUACAUCUCCCCGCUGAAAAGCUCACGCAUGUCUCCGGGUAUCAUGACUCCUCGCUCCAGAAUGCUGGUAUCUAUUGGUGAAUCUUUCGGGCUUUCCAAUCGGUUCCAGAAGAUCAACCAGAUGGUCAACAGCAGCGAUCGCUCCUUUAAGAGGACUCUGGAUCUUGGUUCCGGUCCGAAGCCUCUGAAGAGGCUACGGUUCGAUGUGGACGGGCAAGAUGAAGCCGAUGGCAGCAAAUCUGGAAGAGAUUCUACACUGAUACAGAAGCUUGCAGAGAUGAGCUCCACUCGGAGUCGCAUGCAGGAGCAGAAGAUGAAGGAGGACGCAGAAUCAAAGAAGGAGUAACUCUAAAAACCUACUGAACUGACCUGCACUGUUUAUCACAACGUGAACACUACGCUUUUGUUCACACACAAAGAGAAACAUGAGUUUCUCUUUACAUUUAGUAUUAGGUUUUAGUUUGUAUUUAACUUUGAGGAGUAAUAUGUGAAUAUAGAGGACUUUUUCCUCUCAUUUUUGUUGAUGCUUUAACUGUGUGUUUUAACUGAAUAAUGAUUGAUGUCAUUGGAUUUUGUUUGAAUUUUGACUUGUUGAAGAUUUAGUAUGUUUGGUUUUAAGAGUGAUAUUAAUUUGUGGGUGUUAAAGAAGUCGUUUUUUUUCUCUCUCACGAAUGUUUUCAAUUGUCAAGUCCGUUGUUGAGAUACAAUUCUGGUUUCCUUGUUAAAUAAUUGUUUUUACAACCAUCAGGACCUUCAUAUGUUGACCUUUUUUCUUUUGUGACAUUCUUUUAAAAUGUUUCAAUCAUGAUGCAACAUUUCAGUUGUUCAAUCAUGAUCUCUCCUCUAAAGAAAGGAUUAAAUGUCAGCUUCAGAGGGAAUUCUUCACUCCACGCAGCAGUUUUAGUUUUAAAGUGAUAUAUUUACUCGGGAACUUGCUUGGAACGUCUUGGAAAAGUUUAGUUUGUGCCAUAAAGUGAGAAUUGUAAAACAAAAGGAAAUAUCAAGGAAAAUUAUAGAGUAUAUAAUUUGCACUCAACCAAAAUUCAUGUAGUUUCAUAGGAUUUGGUUGACGGGUAAUGUUUCUCUUUUUGUAUAGUUUUAUAGUAACUUUUGUUAUACUUUUGAGGGUUGAAAGUUUUCACCGAAUUCAAACACUUACAUGUUUCAAUUAGAAGACUAUUUUUCAUGUUCUCUCAUUUUUUUCUACGGAUAAGUUGGUUGAGUUUUUGAACUGGGAGGGUUCUGAGUAAGAGGGGGAAAGAUUACAGCGAUGAAUGCGUAUCACAUAGAGCAUUAAUAUGUGGACUUUACUCCAGAAAAGUAUACCAGGGUAAAAUAUAUUGCUAGAAAUGUCAAUUGCCAGAGUUUUUAAAUUAAAAUGUGUUUAUAUUG